AUGCCAGUGAGCAGCCGUGCUAGCCGUUCCGAGGUGAAAGGCAAAGGUGCUUGGAAGAAAUGGACCCCAGAUGCCAUUUUAAGGGCAGGCUUCUCGCCGGGUAGUAUGAGUGCACGCGAUGCUGCCAGUCAGGUGGACGGUGCAAGUGCUGCAUCUACUUUGGCUGCCAGGUUGUUCGUCGCAGAGUGCAUCGAGGAGGGACAGAGCCAGCAUAGUUCGCAGAGUCUUCAUCGGCUGCAGCAUCUGUGCACAGGUGCCCCCCUAGAUUUCGCAUUGAUCAACCUCAUGUUCGACGAGACAGAGCUUGAACUAAAUAUGGGGGUUCAUGGAGAAGCAGCCUGGUCAGUGCUAGCAUCCCAUGGUCAGAUUACAUAUUGUGGUCGUGGUGAAGUUAUUGAUAUGGACGCUGUUCGUGCACCUUGUGUUUUGCCAACCAAGAAAGCUGUUACCAUGUGGCCGGUCUUGUCUGCAGGCCCUGCUGGCCUGUGGCCGGGUGUGACAUCCGUGAAUGCAAAGUUUCGUGCUGUACUUGUGACAUGCGAUGCAGGCCCUGCUAACCUGAAGCUGCUGAGGCACUUGUGCGCGCUGCUUCCUCCAGAUGUUGCUGUCGUUUGUACAUUGUGCGCACAGCAUCGCAACGGAAACGUGAUUGAGCGUGUUACAAAGCUACUAGGCAUUCUGCCGGGUUGUUUCGCAAUAGCCAAGUCCAUGAGGCAGGGAUCCUGGAUGCGUACGAUUGGGCAGAAGGUACAGGCAGUAUUAGCCUCAGGUCCCUCGAGGCUUGUCAUCUUGCAAGAGGAGCCAGAGGGAUUGGAGGAGGAGUGGGCUCGUGCCCGCGUUGCCGUCAGAGCUUUGCUAAAGCUUGUCGCCUUGAACUUGCCGCAAGGUGAAGACGAGCAGCCAGCGCAGGGCUUCGCAACGGCCGUGGACGAGUUCAUGUUGAAGGAGCGAUGUCCAUUUGUGGUGGUAGUUGUACAGCUAUUUGGCAUCAUGGUCGGUCAUCAAGCCGUCCGUCGACAUGGGCUCAGUUCGCUCUUCUCAAGCCAGGAUGCACGUCAUGACUCCGUUCGCGGCCUCUGGCCUGGUCCAAGCCUCCGUUCGGAUGAGAAGCUCCUUCGUGCCACAGAGGCACUUCGACAGUGCCUCGUGUCGGAGGCCUAUGGCGGUGUUCGAGCUGCUCGCCAGGCACGAGACGCGUACAAUGACAGGCACCCGAUGAGCCUUGUCUUCGACAUGGCGGCAUUCUCGCCGGGUUGUGGUGGGAAAUUGUGGCUGGGCGGCGAAGCUGCAGCGUCUAACCUGCAGCUUUUGCGCAAGAACAAGAUCACGUAUUUGGCGCCGGCAGCCAGCAAGCCAUGCAGCGCACAGAGCAUGGACAUCAAGCAGUUGACAGUGGUCGAUGGCACAGGGCUCGCGAACAAUGACAUCCCCUUCGAGAAGAUCAUGACCGUGGUCGACCAAAUUGUCGAGGCCCUUGUGGCGGGUCACAGUGUGCUGAUAUAUUGCCGCAAUGGCGCACACCGCUCGGCAACACUUUGCAGCGUGGUGCUUCUUCGCAUGCUUAGCGAUGCCAGGCCGAAUGACAUUCAUGUGUUCCUGAACUCAGCCCGCAACAUAGUGGACCUCGAGUCGCGCGCACCACCCACGAAGUACCGCCAGGUGAGCACACGGCCCAUCGACGCGCUUGCUGGGCUCUCAGAGCGGGUGAGGGCAGUGGCUCUUCCAGCCGGGUUUGUGCCACUCGAUCAUGCCAACGAGCUGCUCACACCCAUUGGCUUCAGGCGUCGAUGCUUGGAGCUCGGCUUCAGUCCAACUAAAGAUGAUGGCAAGCCCCUGGAGUCUGGCGCGAGCUCCGCAGGGGAAGGCACCACGACGUCCGAGACGAAGAGGCGAAAGAAGUUCCUCGUUGCAGUUGGUGAAGACACAUCAGCCGUUGAGAGCUUCGAAAUGGUCAGCGAAAACAACCCCGACUCUGACUACCACCGCUCAGAGGAUGGCUAUGGUUCUAGUACGAGCUAUGUGAGACUACAGAACCUUGAUGAGAUGGCAUCCGACUCAGACCUCUUCGCUUUUGUGAACGAUGAGCUUGAAGAUCCCGCCACUCGCCGCGAGAAGAUUCGCAUGCUCAUGCAAGAGCUCCGCAACUUGGAUGCAAAGCUCAUGGGCAACCCCGUUGGAUCGCCAGAUGCCCUCGGGGCGGGUGAUGGUGGGACGGGCUCAGGAGAAGAAGAAGAAGAAGAGGUGGUGGAAGUAGAAGACGAGGUGGACUACGACCCUGACGACUAUGAGGAGGAGGAGGGCGAGCCCGCAGAGGAACCGAUCAUGGUCGAGGAUGACUUGGAGGAUAUCAUGAAGAAUGUGGCCGAAACUGCGUCCGGGGAAAUCCUGCAGCGGUUCGUCAUCUUGAUGCAAGAGCAGCGACUACAGGCUCAGGCUGCUUUGGCCAGGGAGAGCGAGAAGGCUAUGACCCAGGCCUUUGCGAACCAGGUCAUGUGCACGCUGCUGGGUGCGGCGCCUCUGGACACCCUGAGGCUCCUGGACGAUGUUUCGCCUGCCAAUAUCCUCACUAUCUCCGACCACAACGGCUUGACCCUGCUGCACCAUGCGUGCAGAUUGGGGCUUCCAGCCGUCGUCGAGCGCGUGAUCCAGAUUAAUCGCCACUUGGCGGAUGUGACCACGAGGCCCGAUGGAAAGCCACCGCAUUGGACGGCGCUCAUGGUGAUAUGUGAUAAGUGGUGUGACACAGACCCGUUCCGCCACUGUUUGUGGGCACUACAGGGGGCCUUGACGCCGGCGUCCUACUCCAUCCGGUCCACCAAUGGCCAGACACCCUUUCAUGUGGCAGCCAGCCGAGGUCAGUGGUGGCUGACCAAAAGGUUGUGUUGGGGCCUUUAUGCGUCGGCCGGGUCGGACCAGCAGGCCUGGGCCAUGGUCGAGAGCAUGAUAAACUCUCCGGGUGGUGGGCGUUCCGCCGGCGUUGUGGACCACGCAUUUCGCGCCAACACCGGCUUGGCUUUGUGGCUUCAGAAGUAUUGGGGGGGCCGUCCCCUUUUGGCCCCGCCUAGGUCUGACCAGCGUGGCUACGCCUAUGCACCGCGCAAGUAG